AUGCUCUAUACGAACCCAAUUGUGUCACGCUUGAAGGCGGUUCAGCCGUCCAGGGAUCGCAUUCGGCAGGCACGCGACUUAUCGUCUUUGGCUGGAGGCUAUUUUGUUUUCUAUCUGGCCUCAUCCGUAUACCAGGAGCGUGUCUUCACCAAACCCUACCCGAACACAGGGCACUUCAGAUUUCCGGUUGUCUUCAACACAAUCCAAUCCUUGUUCAACGCCGUGGCCGCCAGCCUCUACUUAGUCCUGCAUGCUCGAAAGUCAACUGAAUUCAAGCUCGAGAAACCCGCCCUUGCGAGCGUUGCUCCGUUGAUGUUCAUCAGCUGGGCGAGCAAUUUCGGCUCUCAGUUCGGCACUGCCUCGCUGCGCUACGUCGACUAUUCUGCCCUGGUGGUCUCCAAAUCGUGCAUGCUCUUGCCCGUAGUAUCUCUCAACGUCAUCUUCUUGCGCAAGCGAUAUCCAAUCUCCCGAUAUGCACUUUUCCUCGCAGUCACCCUGGGCUUGUUGCUUGUCACACUCGAGAGCCCUUUCGCCCUGGCUGCGAUCGGCAGCCUGAGCGGGAGCCACAGAGAUCACCUUUUCGGUCUCUCGCUACUUCUAAUCAACCUUUUCCUGGAAGGCUCCACCUACAUUGUCCUGGAGCACGUUGUCAGUUCUCCCGCCAUCUACGGUGGCCUCAGGGGCCCCCAGCGGAUGCUGGCUCAGAACAUCGUCGCCACUUUAUUCACGGCGCUCUACCUAGUCGGAGUCCAGUUUCUACCGGAAGCCAUCCUGCCAGCCAUGGCGCAUGAGAGCAGAGGAGAACUCUUGAUGGCUCUACGCUUUGUUGUGCAGCAGCCUGCAGUACUCUAUGACAUAGUCGGGUAUGCUGUGCUUGGCGCCGCGUCACAGCUGCUUCUCUUCGUGGCAUUUCCUAGCUUCUCAAGCCUUGUUCAAAUGAAUAUUCGCGUGGUUAGGAAGACACUCUCAAUGCUUAUGAGCAUCCUGUGGUUCCAGAAAACCCCCACAGAGUGGCAGUGGCUGGGCUUGGUCCUCGUCUUUGGCGGAGCCAUGGUGGAGGGCUGGUUGCAGAGAGUGGAGCACCUACGGCAGCAAGAGCAAGAGAUGAAAUUUAGAGAGAAGAAGGUGCUGUAG